GGCUGAGCCACUGUGAGAUCAUUGCUCCUGUUAAGCUCAGCUGCUGGGUCAGGAGCUGCCCUGAGUGCCUGCAGUGUCGGAUGGAGCCCCGGGAAGAGAGGGGGACCGGAGGAGGGGAGCCAGCUGCUGCGGGAGACACCGGCCACUGAUGCCUGUUGGGCCAAGCCCCUGCCAACAGUGCGAUGGCGUUGCACCUGUACAGCCCUCGCCUCCAGAUGGAUGGGACCCUGGAGCAGAUGCAGGAGGGGACUCUGAUGCGGAAGGUGAAGUCCAAGAGCUGGAAGAAGCAGCGAUACUUCAGGCUGCAGGACGACUGCAUGACCGUCUUGUACAAGUCCAAGAAGACUGGCUACACCAAGUAUGCCUUCUCCAUCAGCGAUGUGGAGACGGUGCGGGAGGGGCACCAGUCCGAGGUGCUGCAGAGCCUGGCCGAGGACUUCCCGCCCGAGCACUGCUUCACUGUCAUCUUCCAUGGGCGGCGCGGGAACCUGGACCUGAUCGCCGGCUCCCCCGAGGAGGCACAGUGCUGGGUCCGGGGCCUGCGUCGCCUGGUGGAGAUCGUCACCAAGAUGGACCAGCAGGAGAAAAUGGAUCAAUAUCCUUCCAUCUGCAGCUGGUUCCAGAAGGCCGAUAAGAACAAGGACGGACGCAUGAGCUUCAAGGAGGUGCGGCAGCUCCUCAAGAUGAUGAACAUGGACAUGAACGAGGACCAUGCGCUCCGGCUCUUCCAAAUGGCCGACAGGUCGGAGUCGGGGACGCUGGAGGGCGAGGAGUUCGUGCUGUUCUACAAGGCGCUGAUGCAGCGAGACGACGUGCUGGACGUCUUCCAAGUGUUCUCCCAGGACGGGAAGAAACUGACCCUGCUGGAGUUUGUGGAUUUCCUGCAGCAGGAGCAGCUGGAGGGGGAAAACACGCAGGAGUUCGCCAUGGAGCUGAUUGCUAGAUACGAGCCGUCUGAGACCGCCAGGGCACGGCACAUGCUGAGUGUCGACGGCUUCCUCCUGUACCUGCUCUCGCCGGAAGGCACCAUCUUUAACCCCGCUCAUGGGCUGCUUUGUCAGGACAUGACCCAGCCCCUCUGCCACUAUUUCAUCUCCUCCUCGCACAACACCUACCUGCUGGAGGACCAGCUCCGGGGCCAGAGCAGUGUCGAGGGCUACAUCAGGGCUCUGAAGCGGGGCUGCCGCUGCUUGGAGGUGGACUGCUGGGACGGACCCAGCGGGGAGCCUGUCGUCUACCACGGCCACACGUUCACCUCCAAGAUCGCCUUCAAGGACGUGGUCACCACCCUGGGGCAGUACGCCUUCCAGGCAUCCGACUAUCCCGUCAUCCUGUCGCUGGAGAAUCACUGCGGCCCGGAGCAGCAGGAUCUCCUGGCCCAGCACCUGAAGGGCAUCCUGGGAGAGCGGCUGCUCAUGGCCCCCCUCGACGGCCACGACCCGACGCAGCUGCCUUCACCGGAGGAGCUGAGAGGAAAGAUCAUUCUGAAGGGGAAGCGGGCAGAGAGCCUGGCGCACUCGCCGAGUGGGCAGCCGGACAAGGCCCUGGAGGGGGAGGCAUCUGAGGAUGAUGAUGAGCCAGAGGUGGAGGAAGACAGCCUGAGCCAGGAGGCCAAGAGGAAGGCCAAGAAAUUCCAGGCCACGGAGCUGUCUGACUGCAUCGUCUACUGCCAUAGCGUCCCCUUCCGCGGCUUCCAGCAGGCGCUCGCCCGCCGCCAGCCCCACGACACGGCCUCCCUCACCGAGGCCAAGGCCAGGAAGCUGAUCAAAGAGGCGGGGAACGAGUUUGUCCGUCACAACACCUGGCAGCUGACGCGGAUCUACCCCAGCGGGCUGAGGACCGACUCCUCCAACUAUGACCCGCAGGAGAUGUGGAACGUGGGCUGCCAGCUCGUGGCCCUGAACGUGCAGACGGCCGGGGCGGAGAUGGAUCUGUGCGACGGGCUCUUCCGGCAGAACGCCCGCUGCGGCUACGUGCUGAAGCCGGCUUUCCUGAGGGAGACAGGAACUGCCUUCGACCCCGACAAUCCCCGGAGCAGGGCUGGGGGUGGCCCGUGGAGCCUGGCGAUUCAGGUCAUCAGCGGGCAGCAGCUCCCCAAGGUGACCAGCGGCAAGGCAAGCGCCAUCGUCGACCCCCUGGUGCGCGUGGAGAUCCACGGCAUCCCCGCCGACGAGGCCAGGCGGGAGACCCAGUACGUCGAUAACAACGGCUUUAACCCCAGCUGGGGUGAGACGCUGCAGUUCAAGGUGCAUGUCCCCGAACUGGCCCUGGUGCGCUUCGUGGUGGAGGAUUACGACAAGACAUCCAGGAACGACUUCGUGGGCCAGUUCACCCUGCCCUUCGCUAGCAUCAAAUCAGGUUAUCGUCAUGUCCACCUCCUGUCCAAGGACGGCAUGGCCAUCCCGCCCUCCUCACUCUUUGUUCACAUCCAAAUCACGGAGCUUCCCUACCCCGAGUAGCAGCCGCGUGGGUCACACCAGCCCUCUGUACCAGCCGUUAACAGCCCUGUCCCGCCAGCUGCUGGAGAGACACUGCCCGGCCCUGCCCUGCCCACUUCCUAGCCGAGGUGGCUUUGCACGACACUUGUUUCUUUUUAACUGGCCUGUAGUCAUUUGGGUUGCUGCUAUUUUGUUCCUGCUGGUUUGCCCGAAUCUCAGCCGGGCUGGGAGGCAGGUGACUGCCCCUCAUCAUGUGGCUCCAACCCGACAUCUCCCCUCCACUCUGCACUGGGGCUGCCAGGCGGGGCUCUUUGGGGGGUUGCAUGUCCCGGCCAGUAGCACCCAGGUUUAUUCACUGCACGCGAGGGGGCUGAGCCCCAGCUGCAGGGCUAGAAUCAGGCCAGCUCUGCUUCCCCUCGCUGGGUUAGACAGCGGCACCUCCAACCUCCUGCCACGGGAGGCCUCACAUUGUUCUUUGGCUUGUAGUAGCACCACUCAGGGAGCGGGGCCCCUGGGCACUACCUAGACCCAGAACUACACCUCUGCCCCAAAGAGCUUCCAAUGGGAAUAAAUGACAAGAGUCCUGUGGAAAGAACCCGGCCAGCCGGCUGGGCGGGGUCAGUGCACCAGCUGCUUGCCCAGUGCUGUGUGGGGUGGGGGGCUGAAGGAGGGAGCUGGGGGGCCGUCUACAGGAAGCUCCUCCCCAGCGUCAUGGGCAGCCCCAGAGAAAGCACAGAGGUGCCCACUGGACACCGUAACCAAUGAGCACCGCCUGCCAGCCGGAGCCAGGAGACUCCGGUUUCCAUAGGCCCUGGAAGCUGCACUGGAAGAAGCUGGUGUCUGGCUCAGCCCUUGCUGGGGGUCUCAGCCCAGCUGCAAGGCCCUUUGUCAGGUGCUCCAGGAAGAGCUGGUCUCUCUCCUUUUUCAAAGGGGGUGGGAGAGAGAGACACCGAACGCACUUGUUUUGCACAACCUCUCUUGGGAAGCCACGAGGCAGGGCCUGGCCGGCAGGGAAUUGCACCAGCGUCCAGCAGCUGGGGAAGCCCCCAGGUCCCAUUUGUACAGAUUCCCCGUGGUGCUCAAAACUGGGAUAGGGUAUGGGGCUGCACCCACACAGCUCCAUACACUCCCGCCAUGCUUGCUAGGCUGGCUUGGGGGAACGCUCUCCUUCCUGGCCCUUGCUGCUAUCUGUCACUGCCUCCCCCCAGAACAGAGACCUACGGCCACAGCCACCCAGUUUGGGCAGAGCUUCCUCUCCUCCAGCCCCUCUGACCGGGGAGGCCGUGUGUCCAAUGCUUAAUUUGUAAUCAAAGAGGUGCCAUGGCACAAAUUAAGCACUGCACACGACCAACAAUAUAUAUCAUAGGAACCUACGACUCCAACAGACUGGGGUGUCCCCUGCUAGGCUCAUGGCUCCAGUCUCAUUUCUCCUUCCCCAGCCUCCAGGACCAGUCCCAGCUGAGCAUGGGAAUUACAAGGAAGUCAACAAACAUGGACAAUGGGGAUUCAGUGGCUAUAGGGUACUUUGACAAGGUCCCUCAGCAAGGCU